UUAACCGAACCAGCAUUAUUGACUCUCUCCCCUCUCUCCUUUCUUCUUCCUCAAUCCAAUUUUUAAAUCCAUCAAUUUACCCAUAAUCUCCUCUGAAAUUCACUAAUAAUCCUACCCUCUAAACUAAAAAAUCUAGGGUUUAAUCCGUGGAACUCGACGGGACAGUGACGGAAAAGGUGCGACACCGGCGGCUGCUUCUCUUCAGUCUACUUCUCAACCUCGUGCGAAAACCGGCUGCUUGGACCAAACCCAAGCUUCCGCUUCACGGACCAACAGCCAGCUCGUGGCAGAAAAGUUCUUUCCGUUGUGGCAUCACAGUUAAUCAGCGUUUGAAAGUGUGUUGUCGAGUCCAAUGGUUAUGGUUGCUCAGAAUCAAUCUGGAAGUCUAAUCUGCUCCCCACUCUGGCACUUGCAAUUUUCCACUAUGGUAGCAGUUGAUUUUUGAUAAUAUACUGAAGAGGAGUAAAGCUCAAAAUCACAUCGAAAGGAAUACGCCGUGAAGCAGAAGACGAGUCACGUUAAAACAUGAUGAUUGUGAACAACGAAAGUAGAGAUCGAGUUACUACAAAUGGAAAAUCUAUUCCAGGCGAUUUUUCCAUGUCAACGUCAGAAAACUCUUAACAAACACAAGCCUAGAGCGAUUCUUGAGUGUCGGAGGGAGAAAAGGAAGAGGUUGAACCAAAGUUUCAAGCAGCAGUGUACGGGCAUUUUGAGAUCAUUGAUGGACCACCCUCACGGAUUUGCUUUCGAUCAACCAGUUGAUGAUCCUGUGAAGCUGAAGAUUCCUGAUUAUUUUUCAAUAAUCACUGAACCAAUGGAUUUGGGAACUACAAAGCUUAAACUAGAGGACAAUAUGUACUUUGAUGCAGGGGAAUUUGUUAGUGAUAUCAGUCCGACUUUUUCUAAUGCAAUGUUGUACAAUCCUCCUGGGAAACAUGUCAAUAACUUUGCGAAGGAAUUGAUUGAUGUUUUGAAUCAGAGAUGGAAAUUAUUGGAGACAAAAUUGAAGUGCACGGGCAGAAAUCUCGAACAGUUAAGCAAUUUAGAUAAAAUAGAAAAGAAACGUCAAGAUAAAAAGCCCAAAAUAAAUAAGAAUGGCCAAAAUGCCAAACAGUCUUACCUUAACAGAGCUGUGAAUGGGAGGCCAAUGUUGUUGAAGGAAAAGUGUGAUUUGUGUAAAGAGCUUGUGAAAAUAUCAAAGAAGGCUAGGACUGCAGCCAAAUUUAGAGCUGCUGAAGCAGGCUUAAGAAUGAAGGCAGAGGCAGAGGCAGAGUCAAAGAUGCAGCGUGAGAGAGAAGGAGAAGCUGCCAGAAUUGCAGUAGAAAAGAUUGGAGAAACUGUUGGCAUUGAUGAGAAUCAAGAGAGUAUGGAGGAACUUGAAGUGAUAAUGGGAGCCAUCAGCAGGGGUAACUUGAGAAAACCUCUUGAGCAACUUGGGCUUUACAUAAAGGAUGAUUACAUGGAAGAUGAUGAAGAGGCAAUUUUGCAAGGAGAAGGGGAAAUUCUUUCAUGGCGACCCUACCUGCCCCUAUAUAGUUUUCCUUCCAUGCCUUGAAUAGAUUGGAAGUGAAGGUGUUAAUUGAAAAUCAGUAUUCUUAUUGUGGGCUGUUAGGGAAUGAAAGGCAAUAUUUAGGCUCCGUUUGUUUUCCAUUUUUGGAAGAAUGAGAAUGAAAAAUAUAGUCGUUAUGGAUCCUACACAAGAUAUAAAAAUUCAAAUUUGGUGGCUUGAU